AUGACUGGAAUAAUCAAAAUUACUUUCUGUUAUCUUGAACAUAAUAAUCAUAAAAUUUAUCUUGACACUAUCAUAUUUGCUCCCAACUAUCGACAAUUUCCUGAUGAAGCAAAGGAAGAUAUUAAGUAUUAUACUUCUAAAGGUCUAAACAUGUAUAUGCAACUUUCUAUACUUGAAGAUAAAUAUCUUGGAAUCUUUUUCUUAUCACAAGACUUAUUUCUUACCAUUCAAUCAUUCAAGCAACAUAAUAAAGUUGAUAAUGAAGCCUUUAUUCUCUUAGAAAAGCUUCUUAAUAAUAAAGCUCAAGAUCUGAAUUAG